UGAGAGGUCGCCCACGGUGCAGCCCCAGCGAGCCCGAAACACACCAGCCGAGUGACCCGCGAUGGAAGCCGCAGAUGCUUCCAGGAGCCCCGGGGCCAGCCCGGAGUCCAGGGAUGGCCGCAGCCCUCCGCGCACCAACGGCAGCCUGGAGAACGGGGUCAAGGCCGAAGGCAAAGAGGCCAAGACCACCAAUGGGCACGGCGGGGAGGCAGCCGAGGGCAAGGGCCUGGUCAGCGCCCUGAAGUCCGGCGAGGGAAAGAGCGCCCUGUUCUCGGGGAACGAGUGGCGGCGGCCCAUCAUCCAGUUUGUGGAGUCCGUGGAUGACAAGAGCUCCAGCUACUUCAGCAUGGACUCUGGGGACGGCAAGAGGACACCCUACGCUGGGCUGCAGCUGGGCGCUGCCAAGAAGCCGCCCGUCACCUUUGCCGAGAAGGGGGAGCUGCGCAAGUCCAUCUUCUCAGAGGCGCGGAGGCCCGAGCCCGGGGAGGCCCGGCGCAACAGCUACCCGCGGGCCGACACCGGCAUCCUGUUGCGCUCCAAGUCGGCCUCCGAGGAGGUCCUGUGCGACUCCUGCAUCGGCAACAAGCAGAGGGCCGUCAAGUCCUGCCUCGUGUGCCAGGCCUCCUUCUGCGAGCUGCACCUGAAGCCGCACCUGGAGGGCGCCGCCUUCCGCGACCACCAGUUGCUCGAGCCCAUCCGGGACUUCGAGGCCCGCAAGUGCCCCCUGCAUGGCAAGACCAUGGAGCUCUUCUGCCAGUCGGACCAGACCUGCAUCUGCUACCUCUGCAUGUUCCAGGAGCACAAGAACCACAGCACGGUGACGGUGGAAGAGGCCAAGGCCGAGAAGGAGACAGAGCUGUCACUGCAGAAGGAGCAGCUGCAACUCAAGAUCAUUGAGAUUGAGGAUGAAGUUGAGAAGUGGCACAAGGAGAAGGACCGCAUCAAGAGCUUCACCACCAAUGAGAAGGCUAUCCUGGAGCAGAACUUCCGGGACCUGGUGAGGGAUCUGGAGAAGCAGAAGGAGGAAGUGAGGGCUGCCCUGGAGCAGCGGGAGCAGGAUGCUGUAGACCAGGUGAAAGUGAUCGUGGAUGCUCUGGACGAGAGGGCCAAGGCGCUGCAGGAGGACAAGCAGACCAGGGAGCAGAUGCACAGCAUCAGUGACUCAGUGCUGUUUCUGCAGGAAUUUGGUGCAUUGAUGAGCAAUUAUUCCCUCCCUCCACCUCUGCCCACCUAUCAUGUUCUGCUGGAGGGGGAGGGCCUAGGGCAGUCGCUCAGCAACUUCAAGGAUGAUCUCCUCAAUGUGUGCAUGCGCCACGUCGAGAAGAUGUGCAAAGCAGACCUGAGCCGUAACUUCAUUGAGAGGAACCACAUAGAGAAUGGAGGCGACCAUCGCUUCAUGAACAACUACACGAACAGCUUUGGGGGCGAGUGGAGCCCGCCAGAUCCCAUGAAGAGAUACUCCAUGUACCUGGCGCCCAAGGGUAGGGGAGAGCGCCCUGCUGGUGGGGCCAGGACAUCGUACCAGCCGGGGUCCCCCAGCCGCCUCUCCAAGGAGACCAACCAGAAGAACUUCAACAAUCUCUAUGGCACCAAAGGAAACUACACCUCCCGGGUCUGGGAAUACUCCUCCACUAUUCAGAACUCUGACGAGCUGCCUGCGGUCCAAGGCAGCUCCUCCUUCUCCCUGAAAGGCAUUAGGAAAGUCCCCUAUCAGCUCACCACCUUGGGACAGACCACCACAAAGUUUUCCAAACCGCUGGACGGCAGUGGGCUGUUUAAAAAUAAUCCUGGUACCUGCUCCUUUCCCCUCCCUCCCUUUUUCUGUCUCACAGCAGGGCAGUGGGACAUCCAAUGGCGUUCUCUGCCACCUUUGGGGUGUGCUGGUCCCUCCUCCCAGAGGUCCUUGGAAGAAGGAUGCAUGUCCCCGCCACCAUCCCUAGCUCCCCCAUCCCCUGGACUUCUGCCUGCUGUGCAAGGCUUCUGUCCCCGACUACCUCCCACCCCAUCCCGUCCUCACCUCUCUCAUGGCUGGCAUGGGAUUUUCUUUCUGGGAACUGAGAAUGGAGACCUGAAUUCCCCCUCUCCCAGUCUCACACACAGGACCCCUGGAACCCUCUCUUUCCAAGGCUGCUCCACUGCUGGAUGCAGGGAGAGACCCGGGUUCUCUGUUCUGUCUCUGCCCCUCUGCUAGGUGCCAAUCGCAGGAAGGGUCAACCUCGUGGAAGCCUGCAGGUGGUUUCUGGGCCUAGCCAGCCCAUCCUCCCUAGAGCAGGCCAGGCCAGGCCCCUAGGCUGCCCCAGUCAGGGACAGGUCCUGUUUAUGUCUUCAGCUCCUCCAUAUCCAGGUCACAGCCUGCUCCUUCCCAGGCACCACUGUGUGUCCCUGCAGGCAGGUGGUGACACUGGGAGUACUUUCACAGCUCUGUGGACCAGAGUUCCUUACAGAGCCUGCUGGGCUGAGGGGAGAGGCAGGGGACGUGGGCCCGGGCAGGCCUGCCUUGGACGGGUGCCGUCAGGCCCAGGCCCAGACAGUGCCCGUGUGCGCUGGGCCUCUUGGGCUUGCUGUCUUAACCCUGGACGGCAGCCACACAGAAAUUGCUGCCCGUCUGUGGGCCCCAGGAGGCAGCAGAAACUGGGCAAGAGGAACAUGACACUGGCUUUUGGCAUCCAGCAGGCCUGGGUUCACAUCUUGGCUAUUGCUUAUUUGCUGUGCGGCUUGGAGCAAACUGCUGAGCUCACAGAAAGGGGAUGAGGGUUAAUGAGAAUUCCCGGCACAGUGGUCAGUGAGGGGCACUGUCCAGGCCGCACUGAAAUGAACACCUCCGGGUGGAAAUCCUGGCCGUUCAUGCUUGGGAAGCAGCUUUCCUGGGGUGCAGGAAGGGGAGGGGUCAGUGGGGUGAGCCUUCAGGGUGGAUGGGGAACAUCCCCUCAGAGUGGGGUGAUCCUGACCUGGAUCUGGGGGCAACACUCCCCUGCUGCCUGGCCCGGCCUAUUCCCCCUCCUGUCUGCCUUGAUGCCCCCCUUUGGCCAGCCUCCCCCGGAUUUUCCACUGCAGCCCCCUGGCUGCUGCAUGCCUCCUCAGGGGUGGCUGCACUUGCUAGUGGGCCAGAUGGAGCUUGGUGGUGUCUCUGGAGAUGGCGUCUGAGUGGCUCCGGCCCCCAGGGGCCCUGACCGGCAGCCUGCGCCCCCACUGACCGGAGCCU